GAAACGUAAACUUUGGCCGUACGGAAACAGCGUCGUAUUUGGAUGUCUCAUUGUCUUUGUGGCAAAAAGGCAGCGUGCUAAAUCCGUCCUUUGCCACCGUUGAGCGGCCGGUGAACCCCAAGCCGAAUCACCGUCUCUCCCACCUCUCUCUCUCCCCUCUCUCUCUCUCCUUUUUUACAUGACGGCGCUGAGACCUCUCUCCGGGCGAUCACGAUCGCUGCGAUGUUCGUCGGAGAAGAUGGAAGGUACCGGAAGCUGGGACGUGCUUGAAUGGACUAAACUCGAUUCAGCUUCAUGGUCAGGCUCGUAUUCGAAUUUGGAUUGCUUGCUGGAAUCUGAGAGGAUCAUCUUCGAGGCUUGUGGAGUUAUUCUCAUUAACACCGAUGAGGCAGGGACCCUCUUGUUAUCAAAUUUCCGUAUUCUGUUUUUGAGUGAAGGAACCAGAAAGCUUGUUCCACUUGGUACAAUUCCAUUUGUAGCUAUCGAGAAGUUUAACAAACUGGCGCCGAAAGUUCAAUCAAACAAAUAUCACAACAAUGAGAAUGCACCGACACGACUUUUACAGGUCACUGGAAAAGAUAUGAGAAUAGUUGUCUAUGGUUUUCGACCUGGUACCAAGCAGAGACAUACUGUAGUUGAUACGCUAUUGAGGUGUAACAAACCAGAGAGAGUAUGGGAUCUUUAUGCUUUUACAUGCGGACCUUCCCAAUUCGGUAACACAAACCCAAAGGAAAGAUUGCUUAAUGAAUAUUUUCGCCUUCUCGGAAAAAGUUCACAACGAGCGUCAAUGAAUAUGAUUGAAGACGGUUCAUUCACUCUAUCCAAUGAUCUUUGGCGUAUAACUAACUUAAACUCAAAUUAUGACUUGUGCCAGAGUUAUCCGUUUGCUUUGAUGGUUCCAAAAUCCAUUAGUGAUGAAGAGCUGCUCCAGACUUCUACUUUCCGGGCAAGAUGUCGCUUACCUGUGAUCUCGUGGUGUCAUCCAGGAAGUGGAGCUGUGAUUGCUCGCUCAUCACAACCUUUAGUUGGUCUGAUGAUGAACAUGAGGAGUAACUCUGAUGAGAAACUUGUUGCUUCAUUCUGCACUCAAUUAGCUGGUCAUAAGGGAGCACGAAGGAAGCUUUAUAUCGUAGAUGCAAGACCUAGGAAAAAUGCAUUAGCAAAUGGAGCAAAGGGAGGAGGCUCAGAAUCAUCUUCAAAUUAUUUGCAAUCUGAAAUUGUUUUUUUGGGGAUAGACAACAUACAUGCAAUGAGAGAGAGCUUUUCCCGCCUUAGGGAUUAUUUAGAUAUGCAUGGUACAACAUCAUCCGAUGGGACGUCAUCAUUCUUGAGGCAUGGUGGCUGGACGUGGGGUGGAGGUAAUCUCAGUAGUAUGUCUGCUUCAGUAUCCGUGCUUGGAGAUAGUGGUUGGUUGAGUCACAUUCAGAGCAUCUUAGCUGGUGUAGCAUGGAUUGCUGCACGUGUUGCUAUGGAGUCAGCAUCAGUUCUUGUGCACUGCAGUGAUGGAUGGGACAGAACAACUCAGCUGGUUUCUCUUGCAUGCUUAUUGCUUGAUCCUUACUACAGAACAUUUUCUGGGUUUCAGGCUCUUGUCGAAAAGGAUUGGUUAUCAUUUGGUCACCCAUUUUCGGAUCGGGUGGGAAUGCCAAACGUGUCUGAAUCUGGUAAUUUUGAAUUACCAAUUCAGUCUUCUUCUGCUCGAAGUUUUCCUUCAUCUCCAGUGCGGCAAUCUCCAGGAUCAGCAGCUGCUCAAUCCUCUAGCUCUUCAUAUGGGCUGAACAACUAUUCUCCUAUAUUUUUGCAGUGGCUUGAUUGCAUUUCACAGCUAAUGCGGAUGUAUCCUUCUGCUUUCGAGUUUUCUCCGACUUUUCUGGUAGAUUUCAUAGACUGCUUGCUUUCGUGUCGUUUUGGGAACUUUUUGUGCAAUAGUGAAAAAGAGAGGCAGCAAUGUGGGAUUUCUGAAACCUGUGGAUGCAUUUGGGCCUACUUGGCUGAUUUGCGUUCCUCCAGUGGAACUUCUCAUGUCCACUGUAACCCAUUUUAUGAUCCUUCAAGAUAUGAUGGCCCAUUAUUACCUCCUGCAGCAGCUCUAGCCCCAACUCUCUGGCCCCAGUUCCAUCUCCGGUGGGCCUGCCCUGUGGAGCCGAACGUCACAGAAACCGAAGACCAAUGUAGAGCCAUGACUGUUAAGUAUUCAGAAAUGAAGAAGGAAAAAGAAGAAGCAGAGAGAAAGGUAGAUGAGUUAUCUUCUGCAAUGGAGUCAUUGAACGAAGAGUUACUGAACGAGAGAGAUAUAAGCCGUGCAGCUAGAGAAUCAGCAAAGAGGGCUACAAAAGAGCGUGCAGUCAUAUCACGAGCUGUGCAGUCACUCGGCUGCAAAGUUAAAUUCACAAGAAACGGAGAUUGCACAGUUGAAGUAGAAGACGGGCCUCAGAAAUGUUCACACUCAAUUCCCCAAAAACAAUCUGAGGACAACACCACAGAUGUCUCAGAAUCUAUCUCAUCGGUUACUGAACAAAAUGUGUGUGAAGCAGUGUGUCCGUUGCGUACAAGAGAAGGAACGUGUAGAUGGCCUGAUGCGGGUUGUGCUCGAAUCGGGAACCAAUUUCUCGGGUUGAAAACAAACUUUGAAGCGUUUGAUAAUCUAUGCGUCUACGACAGCUAUUUCACAGCUGAAUGAGAGACCAAGUUUUCACCAGAUUGACCAAAAAUGAAGAACCUGUGUGUAUUUUUUUUGACAGAGUAAGGCAUAGCAAACACCAAUGAGGAACAGAAUCAUCAAUAAAACCCCAUAAAAAGGCGGUACAAAACCGCCAAACCAAGAGCGUUUUGGAAAGUGGGUGCGCUUCGGGAACUAACUUCUUGUAUAGGCAAUGCGAUCAUGUAUAGACUAGAGUCUGCUGCAGGUUGCUGGCUUCAUUGAGAACGUUAGAUUUGUUAUUUUAUUUUUGUUGGUUGAUGAAAUGACUAAAGAUUGAAAGUUAUGUACAAAUUUCUUAACGAAUUUGUUGUAACGAAAACUGAUAAUAGGAUUAUUGAGACGACAACAGCUAUUAUUAUCAUCAGUUCCAAGAAACUCAAAAAAAGAAAAAACUUGGACGUGAGGAGUGUUAAUUGAUUGAAGUAUUAAAUAUAUGAAUUAUGAAGAGU